AAUUAAAAUAAGUUAAAAGUUAAGAGGCACUUUUUACGCAUCUCUAGAGUCAUCUGUCUAUUAGGAACUGCACCUUCGGACCUUGCAAUGUACUGUAGUUGCAUUCCAGAUCAUCUGCUCAAAAAUAAUGUUUUUCCGGAAUUUAAACAAAUCUCAUGAUGGAGAUGUUUCAAAAGUAGACAUGCCCAACCAUUAAUUAAUUGAAAUUUAGCGGACCCACGAUGCAGCCAUUUUCUUCCUCAGAGUGCCACUUCUUCACACAUACUGUAGACCGUACACUUCAGACAAAACACUGACAUGGAGUACAGUUACAGAAUACAUUUCAAAAAACAGUCACUGGCCGUUUUUUGAGGCACUGUCGUUCUGCAGACAAUAUAAAGACUAUACAACCCAAAGUUUCAACUGGCUGCGGAAGAGGAUGAGUUCAUUACUGCAUAGACGGGCGAGUCAUCUGGUUGGAUUUUGGAAGUGGAAGAGGAGAGCAGAUGUUUGUCUCUGCUCAUGCACACGAUUUAACUACAGGAAUGUUGUCUCUACUACACCAGAACCAGAUCAGAUUGAGAUUCACAAGAGAAAGCUGCUUCUAUGGUUCAGCCACCUACCACAGGAGGAAAAGCAGUUUGGGGGUUACUUCAGCCCAGAGACAAUGCAUGUCGAUCCACUGAUCCUGGAGAAGAAUCCUGAGGAGAGAGCAGGACUCCUCGGCUCCCCUCUCAAAAUCCAGGCUUCCUCCGGCAACUCUGUGGUUGUGGAGCAGCUCUUUGAGUUCAAUGAAGGCCAGAGCGAGAACAGAGGAAUCAAUGUGCUGUUGUAUGGUGCUGUGGGUACAGGAAAAAGCACAAUUGUCCGAAAGCUUGUGCUUGAUUGGUGCGCUGGGACCACACUGACGCACUUUAAGCUGCUGAUUCCAUUCUCCUGUGAGGAUCUUGGUGAGCUUACAAAGGUUGCAUCUUUGAGAGACCUGGUGACUAGGAAGUACCUCCAUUUGAAAAAACACCCUCUGCUCAGUGGGGAGGGAAAUCAGGCCAAGGAUGUUCUCUUCCUAUUUAAUGGGAUGGAAAAGAUGAAACUUGACUUCCGGAUUGGAUCCACAGAGCUAUGCAGUGACCCAAAUGAGGCUAUGUCUGCAAGUGCAGUUGUGGUCAACCUUCUCCGCAAGUACCUGCUCCCCGAGGCAAAUAUCCUGGUGACCACCAGGCUGUCUGCCUUGGACCGCAUUCCUCCAAAAUAUGUUAAUCGCUAUGCACAGAUUUGUGGUUUCAAUGACCCAAACCGCCAGCGUGCCUACUUCACCAGCCGCCUGCUGCAGCAAAGUGGGGAAUCCGCAAAAACACUUGAAGCUCAGGCUCUUGUAGAGCUGCUUUAUCUCAACCUUCAGAGGGAGAGCCAGUUGGCUGCAGCCUGUUUUCUGCCCUCCUACUGCUGGCUCACGUGUGCCACUUUACACUUCUUGCAUUUCACGGACGCUAUGGCACCCAUUCGCACUCUGACUGGCAUAUACUCCAGUUUCCUUAGGCUCAACUUUGGAGGAGAAGUACUGGGCAAAACAACAGGGACAGUUGGGUCGAAUCAGGAUCAACAAAAUUCCUUGAUGUUGUAUGUUGUUCGGACAGUUGGCAAACUUGCCUAUGAUGGCGUAACAUACAAACGCACUUCAUUCUCAGAAAAGGAGCUGGAGCAAUGGAUAGGAGGAAAGACCAAAACGGACGAAGAGUUACGUCAGCUGGCAGUGUUCAGAACUGACGUGCUUGACUUCUUCCUGGCUCCCUGUGUUGAAAGUUGCAAGCAUUUACCAGCAGAGCUUAGUGAACAAGAUGAGAGGCGAUACGUGUUUGCUGUUCCCGCCAUGCAAGAAUACCUGGCAGCACUCUAUGUGGUUCUAGGGGAGAAUAAAUCUGCUCUGGAGAAGCUGACCAAGCAGGUGUCUGUGGCAAUUGGUCAGGCAACUGAAGAUGUCAGUGCCAUUGUGAAUAUAUUUUCCAAGUUCAUCCCUCUCAGAAUAUUUGCAGUCUUUAAUCUACUUAAGCUUUUUCCAAAACUUUAUGAGAAAAUAAAAACAAAAAACAAGAGCAACAUUGCGAGGACAAUGGCCGCUGAGAUGUUCCGCAAAGAGGAUAGCCACAAUGAAGAUGUUCUUGAUCAAGUGGAGCAAAGUCUCCUGGGAGUACAUGGCCCACCAUCACAACAGCAGAGUGAGGCUCAGCCGUUUGAGCUCUACCCAAUCUUUAUGGGUGGACUGUUACAUUAUGGUAACCGGGUCCUUCUUCAGCAAAUUGGAUGUCACAUUAAGAGUUCCACUGUGGCUCAGAUCACACAAGCUCUUCGGAAUUACCUUGUCAGAGAAAUCAACAAACCACAGCCACCAGAGGAGUUGAUGGAUCUGUUGGUCCUUCUGUAUGAAUUUCAAAAUCCCAGACUGACUGCAGAGGUCCUGGCUUCAAUCAGAACUAUUUGCCUCAACAAUAUACGCAUGACCACACUCAAAUGCUUUGUGUUGAGUUCUGUGCUCUCGUGUGCCCCUUCGAGUUAUCAACUGGAAGAGUUGGAUCUCUCCUCCUGUCUCCUAACUAAGGACAUGCUCAAAAUGUUGUGGCCUGCCUUUAAACAUACUAGGAACCUCAAUCUGCAGUAUAAUAGCCUUGGUCCUGACUCCUGCAUCUUCCUGAGAGACCUGCUACUAGACCCCAAAUGUUCUAUUAGAGCUCUACAACUGUGCGACAAUCCUCUGCUGGAGUCUGGAGCCUGCACCCUUCUUCAGGCCCUUCCAGAAAACCAGUCCUUGAGGAAUCUGUCCCUGAUGCACACAGGACUUGGGGACCGAGGGGCCCUUGAGCUGGCUGAGAGGCUUCAGCAGCACACUGGACUCCAGGAGCUCAACGUCGCCUAUAACAACAUCGGCGAUAAUGUUGCUCUAACCCUGGUGGACGCCUGCAGGGAACAUCCCAACAUUCACACUUUGCAUUUGUACCUGAACCCUCUGAGUGAUGUUGGCAAGCAGUCCCUGUAUGUCCGGGGCGUUUCCAAGUCUCACAGCGGCAGUGGCCGCAGAGUCAAAGUCCUGGCCUCAGUCACGGAGGGUUCAGACCUCUCUGAGGACUGGCACCCCAUUCUCAGUGUGAUUCGUGAGAAUGCAUCAUCUUGGGAGAGGGAGCGUCUACAACAGCAGCUUAAGGUGUUCCUCAGGGAUCUAGAGUGGGGACGUCAGCAGCAGCGGAGCCUCUGGAAAAAGUUACACUUCCGCAGGGUGGAGAAGGGCGUCCGGCAGACCCUGCAGAUGCUGGAGAAGGACACCCUACCACCAUCCGUGUGAUCCCUGAAAGCAAGAAAUGACUGGGCGACAAAUUUGUGUUUGCAUGCGAGUGUGUGUGACUAAAUCAGUUACUAGUUCAAAGGGGCUAAAGCAAUCUGUAAUUUUUAAAUUAAUUGACAAAUGAAUUGUUACAAUGGUAAAGGACUAUGAACGUCACCACUUGCUGUGGUGGGGUUAACGAACUUAACUGUGUGCACAUGUAUGUGUUGCCCAGACAAGUGCACUUAUUUGGAAUUUUGCUUAUCAUUCACAAUUCCUAUGUGGGACAAGAACACAUAUGUUUUGUGUUCCUUUAAGGCUUUAUGGGCGAGAGAGAUAAAUCCCAUUGGCUGCAUUGUUAGCCGUGUAUUACAAAUUAGAAUGCAUGAAAAAGAGACAAAUGUCUCACAUUGGGAUUGUGAAUGAUGGGUAAAAUUUCCCCCCAAAAAUGCACAGUUCACCUUUAAGUGUUAUACUGUACCAGGAUAUAUGACAGAUCCACUGAAAAAUUAAAAAUAACAUGUUUUUACUGAAUAAGGCACCCAAAAUAUACUGUACAUGAAUAAAUGUUUUUGGACUUCACAAAAUGUGAACUUUGGGCCAGUAUUUCUUUUUAGGAAUUGUCUGACUGAUUGUUCCCUCAUUAUAUCAGCUGUACAUUGUUUACUUUCCGUAGGACCUCAACAUGUUUGUAAUAAAUCAACACGGCAAAAAAAUGUGACAAAACAGUACGAAACACGUCCCACAUAUCCCUUUGACCCUCUUUAUCUCACAGGCUCGGGCUGCUUUGUGAGCAAACCCGUUCUCUGUUUUGUUUUAAAGCCUCGUCUUCUCAGAGCUGCUAGGAUUACCGUAGGGCAGGUCUAUUGAACUGGCGGACCAGGACCAAUCCUGCCCGCUAAUGACAACAUACCGGCCCCCAACUUCAGUUCAAAACUUGGGAGACAAAACAUUUUUGCAGCAAAUUCCUAAUUCCUUCUGUAUAGAGAAACUUGAACCACUAUUAACAGAUUUGUAGAUCCUUGCAUUGACAUUUUAACCUUGCUAGCAAACAAAACAUCGGGAUCCAAACUUGUGAUUUACAUAACUGAGACAUUCUUCAAAGCACCCCUUAGAUCUUCUCCUUCUUGGCAGUUACACUUUUUUUUCACCAUGUGAUUUAAGUAAUUAAGUACUGCUGCUGCUUGUUUGAUUCAGACGCAGUCAGUAGUGUUCCUCUCUUUUUCAUCCUUUUGGCUAUUCAACUUGUGGCCUGCGAUUUCGUUCAAAAAACUUGUGAGACACAUUUUUGCGGCAGAUACUUAAAAACACUAGAGUGCUAGCACAGAGAUGAUCUUUGACUAGCUUUUUGGUCCUUUAAAAACAGCAGCGCGCUCCUGUAACUGACAAAAUAAAUAGACCAAAAUCAAAUGUCUACUGUAGAAGACAAUAGUUGAAAUACAAAAUAAGACUAAUAGUGACGGGAGAGGUAACUUAGCUUUCUGGAAAUGUGGCACUCAAAAUAAUGUAGUUGUCUAUUCCUGCCAUACAGCAUAUUGCUUGAAAGUUAUUUUGAUUGAGUGAAUAGUUAAAAACCUAUGGUAGUUUAAAAAGAUCAUUAUAUGUCCUGUAAAGUUGGGCAAGAAUAAAAACAAUAACAGUACACGGGAACACAGGACAAAAUUUUCUCAUGCCUGAACGAAAUCUUCCCAAUGACAAACUGUGGAUGUGAAAUGAACGAUUAAAAUAUUCUCUUCCCUUUUUUGUUUCGGUGCAGACUUACUGUCUUCUAUUUUUUCUAACAAGUUUUCAUAAAGUAUUGUUACAAAGUGUUAAUAUUUUGUAAACACAAUUACAUUACAGUAAAAUGGUUACAAAAAGAAGUAGAUAAAUAUUUUAAUUACACCGAUAACACAAAGGCGGAGAUUACAAUUACAUAUUAAGCAGGCACUACAAUAAACCUGCACAUCCACACUAGACCUAAAUAUAAGAUACACAAAUUAUGAAAAUAAGACAUUUUACAAAUAACAUUACAUUAUGUGUGAUAAUAAAUUAAGCAAAAAGUCUAUUAUUAAAACAGCGGGAGUUUCCAUCACUAACCCAGUAAAUGUGAUGGCUUGGUAGGAGUAAUUGUAAAAAUUACUUGCCUUCAGGUAAAGUUCAAAAGUUCAGGGAUUUGUUACGCUGAUAUUGCAUGUAAUGAAGUUUGUAGGGUUAGAUUGCACCUGCAUGGUUCACAUUAAAGAAAAUUGUUACCAACUUGAUUGUUCCAUCCUUUUAUUGAUACAAGUUCACAUCUAACAAUGAAUAAGUGUCUUUUUUUUUUUUACAAGUACAUAUGCACACAUACACUCAUGCACAUAAUCACGUUUCAUCAAACAUAUUAAUGUUGUUGCCCUAGGGUAAACUGGGUAUAACACAUGGCACACUGACAAAGCUUAACCUAUUUUUACUAUAACAAUCUACAAGGUUAAUGUAGGUUGCUUCUCUUUCUUCCCCUCCAUUUUUCUACAUUCUUUCGUAUCUCAAAUUAUCAUUACGUACAGGUAUAUGUAUUGUUGCAUUUGAACAACUGUAUUGUUGAUAAUAAAGGUAAAGUAUUGGUAUUGUUCAUUAUCAAUAGCACUAUUUCUAUUGGUAUUUGUAUUGCUCCAUUUGUAGUGUAAUAAUGUUCAUUGUCAUUUCUGUAUUAUUUUUUAUUUUCGCCAACUGCUUAUUUGCUAUUACUUUUACCAUCAUAUUUGUACAUGUCAUAUUUGCUGAUGUUGCUCUAUUGUUGUUGUUGUGUUUGCUGUUGUUGUUUUUGUCUCUCUGUCUAACCCCCCUCUUGUCCCCACAAUUCCCCCGUCUUCCUUUUUUUCUCUUUCUAUCCCUUCCUGCUCCGGCCCGGCUGCACCAAAUGAUAAUAUAAAUACAUUUAAUAAAGUCAAAUACAAAUAAGGCAACAAGAGAAGUAU